AUGCACAUGCCAAACUAACUCACCUUUCUUCUACUACUAUAUAUAGCCUAAUGCCCUUGAUCUCCUCCCAUCUAUUUGGACGCAACCAUCGCCAACAACGGAAAACGAACGAUGCCUCCUUUGACCUCGUGGCUGCUGCUCGCUAUUCUGGCGCUAACAGCGCUGGCGAUGCCUCCAGCACGCGCCGCGCCGGUUGCGUCGUUCGACGAUCAGCGAGAGUUUGACUAUUUCGUGUUGGCCUUGCAAUGGCCCGGCACUUACUGCCAGCGCACGCGCAGUUGCUGUCCAACCAACGGUUGCUGCAGAGGCUCCAAUUCUCCAAAAAUAUUCACCAUACAUGGACUCUGCUACUACAAUGAUGGAACAUGGCAAUCCUGUUGUUCUAGAGCCAGUUACAAUCCGAAAGAGAUAUCGACUUUGACUAAUGCUUUAGAGCAAUAUUGGCCAUCAUUGAGCUGUGGGAAGCCAUCAUUAUGCCAUGGUGGGAAAGGAACAUUUUGGGCUCAUGAGGUGAGACACAUGGCACGUGCUCUUAUCCUGUAUUUCGAAAUGAAUAUGAUUAUUUUCUGGGAGGAGGUUCGAAUGUCUAUUCAAUACAAUGUACUGUUAAAGUUGGCAAAAUCUUUCUUUUAGUACCAGAAUUGUUCUCUGUUUUUCUUUAGGACAAGACUUCAUAUGAAUAUGUCCAAAUACAUUGAUGACAAAUUAAAUAUAAUUUGUACGUUUUCUCCAUUCCAUUGAUCAUUAUCAUUUUUCCUCAUAGGAUAUAGCAUGAAAAUUUCUUUACUGAAUACUAUUAGUUAGACAACUAAAGGUUCUUACUCAAUGCAACUGUCAAUUUUUACUUCUGUCUUCCCGCUUCCAAUCAUCCAUAAAAACUAUUAAAAUUGUAUACUGAUUAAUAAGUUAGGCAUCCCCUGAUUCCUCCUGCAAUAGGUAUAACGUUUCAGUGCCGAUUAAUGGAUAUUUGACCAAUAAUACCUUCCUCCGUUGCUAGGAUUGUCUGUUGAUUAAUGAAUUAAUUAAUUUGGUUCUUUUUGGCCAUGGUGCAUUUGAGAAUAUGUGAGAGAUGAGUUAGGCCAUGGCUAUAAAGGAGAAGCUAUCCACGAGAGAGAAUAGUUUCAGAGUAGGAAGUAUUGGGAGGAGACUUUAGCGUUUCUCAAGUACUCUGGGAGUGCUUUAUUCUUUUCAAUUCUGCGUCUAAGUUCUCCCAAAUUGGCUCUACUGAAUAUAGUCAUUUUUUUCUCUGUUCUGCCACCUAUACAUUUUUCAUUUUUCUUUGUCCUAUCCUGCUGAACCACUCCAAUUGUAUUUUGACUGGGUGGUACAAAUUACUGCCUAGAGCUGAAUUAUACCAAAAAAAAAUUGUGGUGGUAACUUGGGGGCCAUCUUAUCGAUUGGCAUUGAAGACUUAAAAUCUUGGUCACAGGUUCUCAAUUGUUGAAAAACUGCUUAAUUGGUUUGGUGCUUACUCUAUUUUCAGAAUGAUUACUAGUUGUGUUUGCAAAACUUUUUCAUUGUUAGAACUAAUGCUUGCCUGCAUUGGGGGACACACUCUGAAUAUGUUUUUUUCAACACUUCUUCCAGAGUGUUCUAAAUGAAGCUGGAUUGUUGGCCUCUAAACAGAAAGUAUCCUCCUGGACGGACUUACUCUGCCAUUGAGAAUGCUUUUCAUGGCCUCUCCUUAAUAAUUUGC